UAGACAUGGCUACGUAGUUCGAUCUUUAUGGAUAGAGUCGACGUUUUAAAUUCACUUUGUUUACAUUUCAUUUACAAAACGUUUAUUUAUUAAAUAUUUAAAUGCGUUUUCGAUCUCGUAAAUACAUUUAAUAUGGACGAAGACGUACGGCAAAAUUGGAGUCCUUACGCCAGAGAAUAUGAUCCCUUAAAAGCUGGUAGUAUCGAUGGAACAGACACGCAACCUCACGACAAAGCAAUUAGUAGAGCAAUGUUGAAGCAUUAUGAGCCACCACAUAAUCUGGAAUCUAAACCAGAAAGAACUAUAUUUGUAGCUAGGCUUGGGUCUAAGAUCACCAAACAUGAUCUGAAAGAGUUUUUUGACAAGUAUGGAGAUGUCAUUUCGGCAAAAGUGAUAGUAGAUGUAGUGACUGGACUCUCUCAAGGAUAUGGCUUUGUGGAAAUGAGGAGCGAAGAGGAAGUUAGAAGGGUAAUGAGACGAACCGUCGAUGCUACGUUACAAGGACAAAAAAUAUUUAUUGAUCACGAAUGCAGUCGUACUUUGAAAGGAUGGAAGCCAAGGAGACUUGGAGGUGGUUUUGGUGGUAAAAAGGAAUCAGGACAAUUGAGAUUUGGAGGAAAGGAUAGGCCAUUCAAACGACCGAUUGUAUCUAAUAUUUUAAAAUCGAGAAGAUAAAUAAUCUCUACCUUAA